AUGCCAGCUACUGGACGCUUUCUCGAUGCGAAAGAUGAAUAUUUUCAGCAUCCUCUACCCAUUCCUGACUUUGCAAAUAUUCCAAUAUUAUCAUUAGAAGACGCUUUACAUCCAAUAAAAGGGCAUGUACGAAAAGUUGAUUCGAUAGCCAAGAAAGCCAAGAAAAGAUCGUCUAAACCGAAAGAUAAUCUGACCAUUGAUGAAUCUGCUGCUAUUUGUCUUUUUACAGUAGAUCAAACUGAAGAAAAGGAGAGUGUCUGUGUGCAGUUGAAUCAAGCACUUCGUUCAGAAGAUGGAAAUCAUUUAGAACCUUGGUCCCCUUAUCUCAAACUUCUGUUAACGGCAUUAGACAAGUUACCAUCAACUUCCUGCAGGGUUUACCGUGGUGUUCGUGCCGAUGUACGAGAACAAUACCACUACGAGCAUAUCUGUUGGCGUGGUGUGAGUAAUUGUUCAAGGUCAAAAGCACAAAUAGAGAAGUACCUUGGUAAAAAAGAUGCACGCACUCUAUUUGAAAUUAAUUGUAUUAAUGGAAAAUUGAUCGGCAACCAUUCCUAUCUAAAUGAUGAUAAUGAAAUUAUCUUGAUGCCUGGUAUUUAUUUGCGAGUAUCGAAUAUAUUGGAGCAAACAAAUGGGAUAUAUAUGAUUCGUUUGCAAGAAGUAUCAGCUCCAGAUGAUUUGAAUCAAUCCCAUAAAAUAAAAGAAUCAUCAAAAGUACAUCCUGCAUAUCAAUUUCGGGCAGCACAACCAUGGUUUGAUCGUCAGUUUCAUUCAAAAGGUAGUCGAUCAAUUGUAAAGCCGAAUGAACUUGAAGCCAGUGCGAAGGAUCCUCCUGAAAGAAUUGAAUUGGAAAUCUUCAAUCGUAUUCAUGGAUCCAUUAUUGGAAUGUCUUUAGGUGAUGCCCUUGGUGCACACGUAGAGUUUAGACCUCAUGAAUUUCUCUUACAGCAUCCAGUCAAAGGUCUUGAAGGAGGAGGAACAUGGGGUCUGGAAAAAGGACAGUUCACUGAUGAUACGUCGAUGGCUUUAUGUUUGGCUUGUUCAUUGAUAGUUUGUCAGGAUUUUGUCCCGUAUGAUCAGUUAGUUCGUUAUAAAUGGUGGAACAGAGAUGGUUAUAUGUCAUCAACAGGAGUAUGUUUUGAUAUAGGUGCAGCUACCCAACAGUCAAUACUCAAAUUUGAACAGCGUCAAAAAAGAUUCGCUCAAACACAUAAUAUUCCUGCUGAUCAAUUAGACUUUCUCUCAGAUUCUGAACUACUUGAGAAGUUUAAUGUGUAUUGUAGUGAAGAUGGUGUAGCUGGUAAUGGAGCCUUGAUGCGCCUAGCACCUGUACCUUUAUUCUUCUAUCAGUAUCCACAGUAUGCCGUCCAGUUUUCUGGUCAAAGUGGACUAAUUACUCAUGGUGAUCGAAAAGCUUAUGAUGCUUGUCGUUAUUAUGGAGCACUAAUCGUCGCUGCUCUUCGUGGUGAAUCAAAAGCUGAUUUACUUGACGAUGAUUUUUACCGUAAACACAAAGAUUGGUUCAAUAAUGAGCCGUUAACUGAAGAAAUUAAGCAAAUUGCUCAAGGUUCAUACAAGCGAAAAAGUGGAUAUGAAGAAGGAAUUCGUGGUAAAGGAUAUAUUGUCAACGCAUUAGAAGCUGCUUUGUGGGCUUUUUAUAAUGAUAAGGAUUCAUUUGAAAAAGGUGCACUCGCUGCAGUUAACCUUGGUGAUGAUACGGAUACAACCGCUGCAAUCUAUGGGCAAUUAGCCGGUGCUUACUAUGGAUUCGAGAAUCUGCCAAAGAAGUGGGCAGACAAAGUCUAUGCAAAAAAUUUCUUGAAUUGUUUAAGUAAAUGGGUUACUUAUGAGGGAAAUAAAUGGCGACCGAAUCGAUCAAUUCGGGCAAAUGAUUCUAUGGAAUCAUCUCGUCCACAGAAUGCAGAUGCGAAUAUAAAGACAGCUCAAACACCUGAUACUAACUUGCUAAAAGUACCUUCACAAGCACCACCUGUGGCAAAAAGAUUAUAUCCACCUGAAGAACAAAAAUCGAAUAACGAUCGCUCGCAUGACAAAAAUCCUGUGUCUAAUGAAACAGCAAAUAGUAUUUAUGUCCAUGGUGAUUACAAAGAAAUCUUUGAAAAAAAAGAGAAUGUUUUAUAUCUAUCAAAUCAUCAAAGUUCUGUUGAUUGGGUAAUAACGAAUAUGUUAGCAAUUCAACAAGGUAGUCUUGGACAUAUCCGACAUGUUCUUAAAAAUGAUUUAAAAUGGAUUCCAUUUUAUGGAUUUUAUUUGCAACAACAUGGUUGUAUUUAUGUUCGUCGAAAUGAUAAAAGUGAUUUAAAUCGAGUUGAAAAAGGAAUGCGUCAAGUUUUAAAUAAUGGUUUACCCGUAUGGCUUGUUAUAUUUCCUGAAGGUACUCGAUAUAAUCCAAUUAAUAAUAAAGAUGCUAUUGAACGAUCACGUACAUUUGCACAACAAAAAGAUUUAUCCCCAUUAGAUUAUGUUCUUUAUCCUCGAUCAGGUGCAACAGUAUCUGCUAUAAAAGCAUUAAAAGAUAAAUUAGAUGCUGUUUAUGAUGUUACUAUUAUGUAUAAUCAAACAUAUGAUAAUGAUCGACAAAUUCGUUUAGCUGCACCAUCAAUGUCUGAAUAUUUAUCAGGUCAAACAAAUGAAUUACAUAUUGAUAUAAGAAGAUUUCGAAUAAAUGAAAUUCCAAAUGAAACCAAUGAAGAAAUAUCAAAUUGGCUUUAUCAAAGAUAUUAUUUAAAAGACAAAUUAUUAAAAGAAUUUUAUGAAUUUCAAAGAACGAAACAAACUGAUUCAAUAAUAUUUAAGUCUGAUAAAGAUGAUAUUCCAUUUCAAAUCGAAUUACCAUUAAGAGAAACGAUAUUUUCUUGUAUUUUUUUUACUUUAACAACCCUUCCAUUGUUAAUAAGUGAACGUGGACGUUCAAUUUAUUGGAAAUUUUGUUUAUUUGGUACACCAAUAACUUUAUUAUGGAUGCAUUUAUUUCCUCCAUUAAAAAAUGAAAAUUAA